CCGCGAGCUCCCUUCCUCGCCGUGGAGUAGCACAUACAAGUGAGCUAGCUCAUCAUCUAGCUACUAGCUAGGCCACUCUCCCCUGCCUCCGUCCUCCUCCUCAUCAGCAGCAGCGGCAGCCGCCAUGGGCGUGGGGAAGCUGAUGAACGACGUGAAGCCGUACCUGGCGAUGGUGCUCCUCCAGGUUGGGUUCUCCGGGAUGUACAUCGUCUCCGUCGCCUCCCUCAAGCGCGGCAUGAACCAUUUCGUCCUCGUCGUCUACCGCAACCUCGUCGCCACCGUCGUCAUGGCCCCCUUCGCCCUCAUCUUCGAGAGGGGUGUCCGCCCCAAGAUGACUCCUCUCAUCUUCCUCAAGAUCAUGGGGCUUGCCGUGCUCGAGCCUGUGCUGGACCAGAACAUGUACUACCUGGGCGCGAAGCUGACCUCGGCCACCUUCGGGUCGGCCCUCGUCAACAUCCUCCCGGCCAUCACGUUCCUGCUGGCGCUCGUCAUGAGGAUGGAGAAGCUGAGGCUCCGGAGCCUCCACAGCCAGGCCAAGGUCGUCGGCACAGUCUGCACCGUCGCCGGAGCCGUGCUGAUGAUCCUCUACCACGGCCCCGUCGUGCCGUUCCCGUGGUCCGCGGCCGGCCACCACCACGCCUCCGCCGCCGCGGCGGCGGCGGCGAGCCAGAGCAGCGCCUCCUGGCUCUACGGCACCGUCAUGAUCAUUGGUAGCUGCCUGUGCUGGUCCGGCUUCUUCAUCCUCCAGUCCAACACGCUGCAGAGCUACCCUGCGGAGCUGACGCUGGCGACGCUGAUCUGCUUCCUGGGCUCCGUGCUCACCGGCGGUGUGGCGCUGGUGGCGGAGCGCCACGACAUGAGCGCCUGGGUCAUUGGCUUCGACACCCGCCUCUUCACCGCCGUCUACUCCGGGAUCGUGUGCUCCGGCGUGGCCUUCUACGUGCAGGGGAUCGUGACGCAGGCGCGCGGCCCGGUGUUCGUGACGGCGUUCCAGCCCCUGUGCAUGAUCAUCACCACCGUCCUGGGCUCCACCAUACUCAAAGAGGAGACCACCCUCGGAAGCGUGAUUGGCGCGGUGAUCAUAGUGGUGGGGCUCUACUGCCUCAUCUGGGGCAAGAGCAAGGACCACCUCGGCAGCAACGGCAAGCCCGGCGCCGCGGCCGUCGCCGGCGAGCUGCCCCUGACCUCGGCUCCCACGGCCAACAACGGUAGUUACGGCAAGCACGCCGCGCUCGGCGGCGGCCACCAUGUCGUCACCGGCGUCGAGACGACGCCGCCGCCGCCGCCGUGUGUGCCCAAGUGCGUUCACUGACGACGCCGGGCCGGGAUCGACCUCCAUCUCCAUGAUGCAUGACUACUCCUUCUCCGGACUGUUCACUGCACACGUACUAGUAGUGCAUUGCCGGUGGCUGUAAGCCACAUAUGAUCUUGAAGGAACUUGGAUCAUCGCUCUGCUCUCGUAGAGGCGCGUCCGAUGCCCCGAUUGUUGCGUUUUAACCACUUUAAUUUUGAUGUAGCUCUGCUGUACCACCAGUCCACCACCACUAAUACUUGAAGCUUUGUUCAGUUUCUGCGACAAGAAGAGGAUUAUUCUAGUCGAUCUGCACUGCAUGCAUUUGAUUA